GAAAAUUUAAAUGUCUAUUGAAUCUUUUAACAAUUAUUGUUUGUGAUCGUAUGAAGUUAUUUAAAGAUGAAUUGUAAUAAUUGUCCAGCGCCAAUAACGGCUGGAGUUACUUUCGCCUCAACAUGUCCAGGUGCUACGACUUUUUUAUUUUUAACAAUUUUAGACUCUUUAAUUCGCAAACAAUGUGACCUUGAGGAUCCUUGUGGGCGAAUUAAACCACGUGAUCAUCCGGAAAAAAGUUACGAUUUUAUUGUAAUUGGAGCCGGAAGUGCUGGUGCAACAGUUGCAUCAAGAUUAUCGGAAAAAAAAUGUUUUUCCGUUUUAUUAUUGGAGGCAGGAUUAGAUGAGGUAGCAUGGACUCAGGUGCCAUCAUUUGCACAAAUUGCUGUCGGUACAAAACUAGAUUGGUUUCAUUUAGGUGAUGUUGAGGAAACUUCAUGUCUCAAUAUGAAAGAUAAAAGAUGCAUAUGGCCUGGUGGAAAGGUCCUCGGUGGAUCUAGUUCAAUUAAUGGAAUGAUGUACAUGAGAGGUUCACAAAAGGAUUACAACGAUUGGGAGAAAUUGGGUAAUAAGGGUUGGUCCUACAAGGACGUACUUCCAUUUUUUAAGAAAAGCGAAAAUAAUUUACAAAUGGAUAAAGUUGAUCCUGAAUAUCAUGGACAAGAUGGACCAAUACCAGUGACACAAUUUAAAUAUCGAUCACCUGUUAGUCUUGAUAUUUUGGCGGCUGCUAAAGAAUUAGGUUACGAUACUGUUGAUUUGAAUGGAAAAACACACACUGGUUGGACAAUUUCUCAAGCUACAACAAAUGGAGUAUCACGAUAUUCAACAGCUCGAGCAUUUUUACGACCUGCACGAAAUCGUCAAAAUUUACAUAUUAUGAUUAAUAGCACUGUGACGAAAAUUAUUUUCAACGAUAAGAAAAAUGCAAUUGGAGUUGAAUUUUAUAAAAAUGAAAAAUUAAUUCAAGUUAAUGUUAAUAAUGAAGUCAUUGUUAGUGCAGGCGCAGUAAAUUCACCACAAAUACUUUUAAACAGUGGUAUUGGACCAAGGAAAGAAUUAGAAGCAGUUAAAGUGCCAGUGGUACAUAAUCUUCCGGGUGUUGGUAAAAAUUUUCACGAUCAUGCUGCAUAUUUUUUGACAUUUUCAAUUAAUAAAACAAGCGAAAGUGUACUAAAUUGGGAUACCCUUAUGGAAUAUUUACGUUUUAGAAAAGGACCACUAUCAUCAACUGGUCUUUGGACAGUGACAGGAAUGACAAAUACAAAAUAUGCAAAUCCAGAAGAAGAUCAACCUGACAUACACAGUAUUUUUGGUGGAUAUUCGACACUUUGUUCUGAUUUAAGAAAUUCCAAAAAUAAUAUAACAUCAAGAAGAGAAAUAUCGGUAUUACUAAUUCUUCUUCGUCCUAAAAGCAAGGGUUACGUUCGUUUGAGAAACAAUGAUCCUCUCUCGAAACCACAUCUCUCUGCUAAAUUAUUAUCUCAUCCUCACGAUGUGGCUAUUCUAAUUGAGGGAAUUAAAUUUGUCAUCAAUUUAACUGAGGCAGAAGCUCUCAAAAAAUAUGACUUCCAGUUAAACACAACUUCAGUGAAAAAUUGUGAACAUUUGAAAUUUGGAAGUGAUCUCUAUUGGGAAUGUGCAUUGAGACACGAUACUUCUGUAGGUGAUCAUAUGGCUGGAUCAUGUAAAAUGGGACCAAAUUCAGAUAAAAUGGCAGUUGUUGAUGAAAAAUUAAAAGUUAAGGGUGUUCGUGGUGUCAGGGUCGCUGAUACAAGUAUAAUGCCUGAAGUUAUUUCUGGAAAUACUAAUGCACCGGCUAUUAUGAUUGGUGAAAGAGCUGCGGAUUUUAUUAAAAAAGCUUGGAAAUCAUUCAGCAAAAAGUGUUUUUCUUAGAAAAAAUUGUAAUUUUUAUAAAAAAAAAAAAAAAAAAAAAAAGUACAACUAUAAUAUAAGAUCUUACAUCGACAUCUUUAAUCACAUUAACUAGAAUUCCUAGUUAUCCCAACAAAUUCCUUGACAUAUAAUAACUAGGAAUCCUAGUUAAUGUAACUUUGAUUUUUAGUGAAUUCCACUCGUGACUAGGAGCAUAGGCAUUUUUUUCAGUGAAUUAAUUUAUAUAGCAAUUUUUUUUAAUUAUUUCCAUCUAUAAAUUAACAUUUAAAAUGUUUCUUGUUAAUAAUUCUAAAUGUAAUUUUUAUUACUACAUCAAUAUUUUUUUUUUUAUGGAAUUUCAUACAUCUAGAUUUGUAAAAAUCGGAAUAAAGAUAAGAUAAGAUGUAA